GCCACUGAAAAUAACUUCUCAGCUUCAUGUCAAACUACUACGUAGAGAAUCCCUGGCCUAGUUAGUGAGAAAGAGCAGAACCCACAAAGCGAGGGCUGGCAUAGGCCUACAACUCCAAAGUGCAUGUUUUUUCUGAGAUGUCUUCCGCCUUCUGCAGUUUUUGCAUCCUUGCUCUUUUGUUUUCGAUGAAGUGAAGCACAGAGAGGAUGAGGAAAGAUUUUGGAAUUGAAUAAUAACGGCACUGUUUCAAAAUUAAGAUCCAACUUUCAAAAUGAAGACAAUCGUGUGGUUUGUGUUUGUGCUUGGUGCACUUUCUGCUGCCGGCAAAGUGAUCCUCACAAAUCUAGGGCAGAAGGCUACCUUGGAGUGUGGGGUCAACGCCUUCAAUGACCGCCUGGUGUGGCAUCGUGGAGAUGACCUGAUACAUAGUAUUCCUAAGAACGGCUUCCCUCUCAGAGGGGCAGUUGAUAUUGUCGGAAGGUCAACAGUGAAGCGGGAUACAAAGCUAGAGAUCUCUGCAGUGAAGAAAGAAGAUGCCGGAAAGUUCAUUUGCACUGCAGAUGGGAGCCGUCACGAACACAUACUUCUUGUGGUCUCAGUCUGGGCCACACCCUCCGGUGAGCUCCUGCUGGACAGCGUAGCCACGCUCCACUGUCAGGUAAAAGGUCUGGACCAAGACCCUUCAGUGCAGUGGAAGACACCAGAUGGAAGUCCACACUCGGGGUCACUCAAAUCUGUAACCCGCUCUGAUGCAGGGACCUGGAAGUGUAUGUUCUCCCAUGACGGGGGGACGUACGAUCGGAGCCUAACCAUCAAAGUUCAAGAACCAGCUACACCAUCCUCUUCCCAAAGCUCCAAUGACGUCCUUAAACCAACCUGCCCCAACUGCGUCACCCACCAGGCGUCAAUCACUGCUGCUCUGCUGCUGGGGCUCAGCUGGUGGGUGUGGGUUGCAGUUGGAGUAGGCUGCCUGGUUGUGGUUCUCCUAAUGGUCUUUGUCAUUGUCCUGUGCAAGAGGAUCAAAAGAAAGAAGAGAAAAUUUCAAACGAUGAAGAAUGGACGACAGCCGCUGAAGCCAAAGAAGUACUGCCAGUGUGACUGCCCAGCAGCUGCAGCAAAACCGCAGCAAGGACGCCGGAGAGAGAAGCCAUCAGCUCCCCCUCUGCAACCCCUGCUAAUGCUGUGACAUGAAAGACAGAUCGAAGAAAGGAAAGACAGACAUGAAGAAAGAGAGAGAGAGAGAGAGGAAGGGAAAGUGAGGAAUAGAUAAAGAUAAAGAGAGAGCGAAUGAAAGAGAACGCGUCAUGAAUGUAAAUUGCCUUUUGAAUGCUCAAGAUGGAAAUAAAAAUCAAAUGUAAUGAUGUGGGCACUUUGAGCUUUUUCACCAAAUAUAACCAGUGAACUGAAUGCAAAUGGGCUCCUCCACUGGGAGUACAGCAACAGCCUGUGCUUAUUUGUGUCAUGUAUGCCUCAUGUGAACAUGUGAAGAAUAUCUUUGAAUACAGAAUUGUCAACUUCUAAUGUGCUCUCUGUUGAAAAAAUUAAUUUAGCAGAUUUCGAAAUACUUUCUUACUUGUGUUUCUGUGUAUUUGGUAGAUGUUAAUACUUUGUUUUUUUUCAGUGGGUUGUAAAUGAAAAAUUAGAGUACUGUAUUGAAGUUGUAUGUUUUUUUUUGCCUCAGACAAUAAACUAAGGAUACCCAAAAGCAAAUUUGAAAAAAUAUUUUUUUAUCCACAUACACAUAUAAGAGACGGGGAGGCUUCUUUCUGUAAGAUGAAAUCACAAUGCGCAUUGUUU